UACACAAUCAGUAGAUCAGUUGUCGAGUUUACCUGUCACCGUCAACUAUGCUAUUACACUAUCCGCGGUAACAUACCCAGUCAGUCACAAGUUAACGUUUUGAGGUUAGUACGAUCGCAUUCGCGAGUGUUUUACAGUGUACACGAUAUUUGUGUGAUCUUUUUUUGCAGUAAAUCGCUUGGAUAACAGCAGCUGGGCAUACGCACACACGUUUAGCACCAAAGCCCGUUCUGUCGGUGUCACUCAUCUUUAAUGCGUGGUCUGAAGAAUGGUGAACCUAAACGGAGGGGUCGUUUGGUGCUACAGAGACAAUAAAUGGAUCCCGCUCCAGCUAUCAUCCAUCCGACUCCAUGGUGUCCUCACGCAGGCCCAUUGGGCGACAAUCUCAGACUUUGUCCGCCGGGUAGCCAACAAAGAACUCAUCUUGCAAGAAAAUGGUUUUACGGAGCUCACCGAAAAGCACAAAGAACUUAUGUUCCAAGAUAUGGAAAAUAAAAAUAUAAUUAGUGAAAAUGUGAUAAAAAUUAGUGAUAAUUCGAAUGAACGUAAAGUUAGCUUAGGUCAAAUUCCAGAAGAUAAAAUUGUGGAGCAGCCCCGUAGGCCGUCGAUGCCAGAAUUAAGGUCCUUAGAUAAAGAUAAUUUAUUUAUUAACAAUAAUUUAUUAAAGCCUCAGACUGAUCUAAAGACUGAUAAAUUAUCCAAUGAAAAUGAUGAGAUAGUCCUAAGGUUACUCAAGAAAUACUGCAAGUACAGUAAGGAUGCUUUAGAUAACGAUAUAAUUAACGCAAUUGAGAAGAUCCCCGACGAAGAUAUUCCUAAGAAAACCAAUAGAACAGAAAUAAAAGAAGAAGAAUUUAAGCCAAGAAGAAGAAAACUAGGGUACGUUCCUACCGAAGAAAAGAUUUAUGAAAAUCUAGAUUUUCCUUUAGAUUCUUUAGAAGAAGACAAGAACGAACAUGUUAUCCGCUGGUUAAAACAACAGAAUAGCCAGAUUAGUUUCGAUAGCAUUCCUACAAGAAGACAUUCCGUGGAAAUCGGAAUAUCAUCUCCUACUGAUAGCAGAAAAAGCAGUCUGAUCGAACGAAAAUCAUCUUCGUCUGGUUUCGAAUCAAGGAAGUCGAGUAUCACGACACCUUCGACCCCGGAAAGCAGAAAGUCUUCUUGGUGUGAUAGUACUUUUAAUAGCCGAAAAAGUAGUGUGGGUUCGACUAGUAGUUGUUCGGAGUGCGAGGAGGGAGAGGGUCUGACACAAUGGCAACGAUUUUUGAAGAAGCAUCUCAGUUCGAAAAAUUCGGAAAAACGGUUAAAGAAGCAAAGACAGGCGUGGAGUAGAAACAGACGAAAGUUGAGUUCACCUGCUGACUUCCAAAGUUUUGAUAUCUUCAGCCAAUUAUGGUACUUCCGGAAGAUAAAACGCAUAGAAGCAGAGAAAAAAUUGUUACUUCCUGAAAACGAGCACGGAGCCUUCCUUAUCAGAGACUCUGAGAGCCGGCACAAUGAUUAUUCACUAUCAGUUCGCGACGGAGACACUGUAAAACAUUAUAGGAUAAGACAAUUAGACGAAGGUGGUUUCUUCAUUGCUCGAAGAUCUACAUUCCGAACUUUACAAGAAUUAGUUGUACAUUACAGUAACGAUGCUGAUGGAUUGUGCGUCAAUCUUUGCAAGCCUUGUGUGCAGAUUGAAAAACCACAACCUGAAGGCCUCUCGCACCGAACUAGAGACCAAUGGGAAAUCGAACGAUCAUCACUUAAGUUUAUCAGAAAGUUAGGUCAUGGACAGUUUGGAGAAGUAUGGGAGGGAAUGUGGAACAACACAACCGCUGUAGCAAUAAAGACCUUAAAACCAGGCACAAUGGAUCCCAAAGAUUUCCUUGCCGAGGCUCAAAUUAUGAAAAAAUUAAGGCACAGAAAGUUGAUCCAGUUGUUUGCCGUUUGUACUGUUGAGGAACCCAUAUAUAUUAUCACUGAAUUAAUGAGAAAUGGUUCCUUAUUGGAAUAUCUCCAAGGCAAAGGAAAAUCACUCAAAUUAACUCAGUUAAUAGACAUGGCUGCUCAAAUCGCGGCAGGAAUGGCCUAUUUGGAAUCGCAGAAUUAUAUUCACAGAGAUUUAGCUGCAAGAAACGUCUUGGUAGCAGAAGGAAAUGAAGUAAAGAUUGCAGAUUUCGGUCUGGCUAGACUAAUUAAGGAAGAUGAAUAUGAAGCCAGAGUAGGUGCUAGGUUCCCUAUUAAAUGGACAGCACCCGAAGCUGCAAAUUAUAGUAAAUUCUCUAUUAAAUCCGAUGUUUGGUCAUUCGGUAUACUUCUCACAGAACUGGUCACAUAUGGAAGAAUACCAUAUCCAGGUAUGACGAAUGCUGAAGUCUUGCAUCAAGUAGAACACGGCUACAGAAUGCCAGCUCCUCAAAGUUGUCCACCACCAUUAUACGACAUCAUGCUCGAGUGCUGGAACCGAGAUCCCAUGAGAAGGCCUACCUUUGAAACUCUUCAAUGGAAACUAGAAGAUUUCUUCACCAUGGAAGGAUCCGAAUACAAAGAAGCAUCCGCGUACUGAGGGCACGUCCACCCCCCUGCUGAUUGGUUGCGUAACUCCAUUGAGGUACACUACCAUUAAUAGGGAGGUGGAUAUAUCUAUUUAUCAAUAAUUAUAGAUAGAUAUGCCGUACUUCUUAUGUUUUUAUACUUUUUGACUUCUAUGUUACGAUUUUAAAGAUGUUGACAGGUCGUGAUCAGUUUAGAAAAGUCGUGGUAUCAAGGAGGUUGGUAGGUAUCAAUAGCAUUAUUAAAUAUACUGAUUAGUAUAAAAAAAGUCAAACAGGGUUGAUAAAUACACAUGAAAGGGGAUAAAUAAAGUAAAGAAUCAGUGUCAGUAUCGUAUCGAUGAACUUCUAUUUAAAUGCACUUAAAAGCUGCAGAUUGAAUUGAUCAUAAAACAUAAUUCGAUUGAAAUAAACUUAAAAAAAUCGAUUCUGUAGUUUUGUGGUGCGUUAAAAAACCGAAACGUUCUGAGAAAACUAGAAAAAAUACACAUUUAUUUGUAAUCUGUGAUAGCUAGAUAUUAUAUAUUAGAAAUAAUAUGCCAUCAAUCCGCAGUAACAGUAUAAUGCUAACGAAUCGGUAGAGUCACCCCACGAAAUUCCUUUGUUCUCUAUGUUUCAUUUUGGUGACGGCGCAUUAACAAUUUUAAUCCUUCGCGCAGAUGAAUGACAGCUAACGGCAUUGGUCGUUAUCGUCGCGCAUUCACAAUUUUGUCUCAGGAGUGGAUUUCAAAAUUGGAUCCCUCAAAAUUCGAGACUGAUUCUUUGGCAUUAAAGUGUUCCGCAGUGUCUGAAUUCUCAGGAAGGUUGACUUGCCAUCCAUGGGGCGUUGUCCGUGCAGAUUCGGAAUCUUAUUUUAUUUUAUAUAUCAAACACAAUUAAGAAAAUACAAUGGAAUUAAAAAAAAUGAUUUUGGAAAAUUAGGCGAACUGAUAGGUGAAAGUAGGAUUGAAGAAAAGACUAAGGGAGACAAAGGUAAUGACAAAGGAUAAAAGAUGAAACAUUACUAUAGUUAUAGGCAAUAAUUUAUUUGUUAACAGGUUAUUUGCAAUGAUGAUGCAAUUUUUCUCCACCUAAUUACUCGUAUUCAUUUAAUGCAUUCUGUACGUUUAGAACUAGAAAACUAAUGAGGUAAGCAAGAGAAAAGUAUUUACUAAUUAAUAUUUACAUGACAGUAUAAACAGUAUGUAUUACAGUAUUUGAACAAAUGAAUAGUUGCUUCAUGAAGUAAGCGAGUAGAAAAUAGAAUAUAGCAGAAUAUAUAUCCAGGGAACGAGUCAUAUAAAUGGGCAAGAAAUAAAAACUGAAAAAUAAUAGAAGGACUACUUUCAUAAGAAUGAUUCAAAGCGGAAAAAAUAUUUAAUAUGUUACCCUGUUUUUAUCAUUUACACGUAUGCAGAGCAUGACGUUAACAAGGUGAUAUAACUUUUCAGCUUUAGCAGGCGAGGUUUCGUCGCACAUAUUUUAAAAGGAUCAUUUUUGGCAGAAUUAUUUAGGUAAAUCGUGGCAAUGAGAUAGUGGUAGUAGGUGCAGUUUGUCUGAGUAACAGGUAAUACUAACACUAAGCAAUAAUUGACAAAUCGUAAAUACGCCACCGAAUAAAUGCCAAUGAAACGUUACCUUCGGAUCUAGGUACAAGUCGGAGCAGUCGGGUUUCUCCAGGAGAAGUUGAGUGUAUCAAGAAUAGGAGUGGAUUUACCUUGUGAUGGGGUUAGCUAAUCAGGAACACCAUAUUUCCCAUUAAUAUUUUAUUGGUUGUUAAAUACAAUUGUUUAAUAUGGAUCGUACUCAGCUGAUGACGACACUCAUCAUAUAUUAAGCUAGGCGGCACAUAUCAGGCAACCCCAAAUCUAACUGAAUCUCUGAAUAUAUUCGUGUCCCCUUUAUUUAUUAGAUCGAUAUGUUUGUAUACCUUUUUACUUUCGUUUCUAUGUCAAGUUUAGAUAUGAUAUAAUAAUAUUUUUACUGCUUACUGGGCAGAAGUCACCGUGUCAUCAAAACACACCUCGAUAUGUGUGCCCUACAUUCGCGGUAAACAACUGAUCGUCUGUUUUGUUAUUUAACAUUCUAUAAACAAUAUCGUAAUUAAUUAUUUCGUAUUUUAAAGGAUUUUAGAAUUAUCUGAAAUAUUGUUAAGAUGCUUUACAAUUUCCUGCACCUCCUGGGACUCAUUAUUUACGUUUGCUGUAACAGUUAAUGGUUCAACCAGAUAAGUGCAAGAACAAAAGUAGAUCUCAAAAGAUCUAAUUAAACAUACAUGUGACAAGAAAAAAUUAUAAAGAUCUGCACUUCGAUUUUAUCUUAUUUAUCCUUUCAGUUGUGUCGAACUGUUUUAGGUCAGUUUUUUGUAACAUAUUGGUAAAAUUGGAUUUAUUGGAAUACUUUAAUUAAAUUUGAACAAUACUUAAAAUAUUCUAAACGGAUGCGUGAUAUAUUCGAAAAUGACUCUUAUAUUAUUGAUACCAUGAUUUUGAUCAAUGGUUUUAAAGAAUUAUAAAGAUAUCUGAAAAAAGGGUGGUUUGACUUUUCAGAACAUUGUCUAAAAUAUUUAAAUCAUUCAACUUAUGAAACCACCUUUUAUUCACCCCCACCAAGUUAUCAGCAUAAAAAGAAAUUUUUGUAAUAUUUGGUACCAUUUUUUACUAGAUGUUUAAUACACAUUUACUCAUACAUAUUCUAAAAAUUAUAUUUAUUAUUUAAUUUAUAUUUUUUAAUUUUUGUCUCAGCAAAUGUCUGCUAUUCUUCUAACGGAAUUGACAGUAUUUGUGUGUAUGUCAAAGGCUUAUAGCGUAUCAUGCGAUAUUGGUGAAGCUGAAACCUAUGCAGUCAAACUCAAACACGAGCAUAGAAAAAAAAUGUUAACUAAAACAUUCAAAAUAUUACUGCUGUUAACUUAAUCUUAGUAACGAAUAUUUGGUGGAUGCUCGAAUUUGAUUUUUGGUGAAUGAUGAAAAAUUUUAUUGGCAAGUCUUACGACUAAAUUUAAACGUAGUAACACAAGACGCUACUUAUUGGCAUGUUUUCGUAAUAAAUAAAUGGCGAAGUUACUUUUUGAAUUCAUUUUACAACGUUUUCAUAUAUUUUUUAUAGCACUAAAUGUCUAAAUUAUAUUUUCUAGUUUUGACAGAUGGCGUAAUAACUGUAACUUUGGAAUUGGUUACUUGUUACUUCCAAAGGUUUUGUAUAUCGACUUUAUGGAAAAGUUUCUUUACAAAAUUUUGUCCAAUAUUAACUUUUUUAUUUUUAGGAUCAGGUAAACAUAGUCAAAAUAGGCAUGUCCAAACUGCUUCAUUUUUAUAGUCAGAUAUUCAGGUACUUUUUCCUGUUUGUAAGGGGAAAAUUCGUAUUUGUUUAUAAUUUACAUCCUUUGAUAUUAUGUUAUUUCGGCUAAUAUCCGCUAACAUAAGCCGUCAGGUAUUCUGACCUACUUAUCCAUUGUCUUAUAUUGUUUGUUUUUUACCCGAGAGGAGUGAUUCAAAUUUACCGCGCCGUAAUGCUUGUUUCUAAUUGGUCCAACCGCAGGCAAGUUUACUCCACACUCCACUGUUAUUAAAUUUUGACACUAAUGACAUUUAUGAAAUUUUGGCACUUCUGUCAUUUUAUAGGUUAAUUAAGUAUAUCGGCGAUUUUUUGUGUUUUCUGUAUUAUUCCUUUAAUUUUUAGAUUUUUAGUCUACUUUUAUAUAAAAACAGUUGUUUUCAGAACUCUUUAGCGAUGUGUUAGUAUAAUAUAAUAUGUAUGGAUUAUCAUCGAAAGAUAAUAUGAUCAACGAAAAAAGAAGAUGAAUUUGGUGACUUUUCUAGUAACUUUCUUGGAUGUGAAUCUGUCUUUUUAGUUUACUCCUCUUGGUUAAAAAAUCAACAUUAGCUUCUUCCUACUUCUAACAUACAUGAUGUCAAUUGUAAUAAGUAGGGAUCUAUAAUUAUGAUAAAGAACGAAUAUGAGAUAUUAAAUUUGCAUGUCAUAAUGUAUUAAAAAGAGAUACAGAUAAAGGGUGAUGGCGAAUCGUUCAAAGAUAGUAAAAUUAUUGGUAUGAUGUUAGAUGUGAAGAAUAUAAGUCGACUUUAUUUAUCCAUAAAAGCAAAAUACUCCAAACCAAAUAAAAACAUUAAAUAUUAAAACAUCAACUUUGGAAAUCAAUUAAGAAUUAUUUUGAUUAUUAUAAAUUGAAACAAUAACAGAAGCAAGAUGGCUUAGCAUUUUUUUUAUUUUACUUAACCAAACGCUCAACUCAGUAUCAACUUAUAUGGUUAUCUGAUCGGUUCGAAGCUAACUUCACUCGAGGCUGCGAUGAACCAAUCUCUACUUUCCUCCUUGUCCCUAUUGUUGCUGAUCCUUCUCAUGUUGACAUGGUCAGGGUAGUAAUUUGGCCAAAAUAAUUUACGGUAAUAUUUAACUAACUUAGAAGAAUAUCACAUGCUGGUUUGGAAAUCUAUGGAAAUAUUACAUAUUUAAUUCAUCAAUAUUUCGAUAAUUUUGAAAAUUGUUGGCUGGUUUAACUCACAAGUAUUCUACACGAACCUUUUUAUAUUAUACAAUUUUGUAACUAUCAGUAAUCGUGUUUGAGUUUUGACUGCUUAUUCAAUGUAUUGAUAUUAUGGUAUUGUCAGCUUUGUCUUUUAUAUAGUUGUAUUAUAUUGUUUGUCAUUUGUUAAUGAUAAACGUUUAUUGAACAAAUCCACUAAAAUAUUUAUACAAAGGAAACUGUAAAUAAAUAUACAAUUUUAAAUAUACUUUUUUUAAAUUAA